AUGUCUGGCAAGUGUCCCCUGGGUUACUCGGGCGAUCUACCCGCAGGACAUCCAUCCGUUCCAGGCGCAUCCUCCUCCUUCGGCAAUAUGAGCAACAGCAUGAGCAGCAACUUGCUCUUCGCCAUUCUGCCUCCUCAUCUCGUUGUGUCCAUCAUGGAAGACUGGCAAGCUUGGGCGAUGCUCCUCCUCGACUUUGUCUUUCUCGCACUGUGCGGUCUGGCCUUCGUUUAUAAUGAUCGCUUGAUCUUUACUCAUCCCAGAAAGGAGGUGCCUACCAUCAAGCCCGCUUUUCCCCUCAUCGGGAAUACGCCGUGGAUCUCUAAGAUCGCCAGCGGCAAGGCAAAAAUGAUCGACGAGCUAGUCAAAGAACAGUGAGUUUGAUAGUCUGCGAGUGAUCUCUGAGGAUGAGUAGUGAGGAAGGAGAGGAAGGAGUCAUCGUAGACGCGCGCCAAGGAAUGCAUUGUUCCGCAUGCUGACGCUCAGGACUGGCACAGCAUAUACAAUUGCUGACUCCCUUCUUCACCCCGAUCCGCCAAUUACUGCUCCUCGCCUGCAUCGAAUUUCCCAGACGCAGACAACUGGAUCAAGGCGGAUAUGUUUGCACCGCCACCUUUCCCGCUUUGGGCCAUCGCGUCGUCUUGAUUAAUCACCCUCUGUACAUCCUGUGGGCACAAAAGACCAACUUCGAGACCUAUGUGAGUGCAAAGCCAAGCAAGCACACAGGCAGAGAGCGAGGAGCCGGGGCCGAGGCGAACGAGCACGAGCUCACCGCCCUCCACGCUCUUGACUUUCUGUUGCUUCCUCUGCAGGACAAGGGGGCUCCGUUUCGGAGAGCGAUGUCGGACGUGCUGGGGCAUGCAGGCAUCUUCGUCGGUGAGUCGCGGGAGCCAUGGUCAGCUAUGCGCCUCGCUAGCUAUCUUUCAUUCUCAAGCCGGCACGACUGCACUCGCUUGCUUGCCCUGACAGCCGACGGAGAGAUCUGGAAGAAGCAACGCAAAAUGGCUUCCCGUAUCUUCUCGGUUGACAACUUCCGGACACAGUGAGCGUCACCAAGCAGCGAGGCUGUGGUACGCCAUGUGACUCCUCUCUGACAUCUUGCUCCCAUGCGCGCUGCGCACUCGACAGCGUGCAACACGCAGUGCACGAAGAUUUGGAGAGGCUUUCACAGUUGCUCACCGUUCUCAGCAAGACGAGUCAAGAUGUGGACUUGCAAGCCAUCUUUUUCAGGUUCACUCUCUCCUCCUUUGCCUCUAUGGCUUUUUCUGCCCGACUGGAUUGCUUGCCGACUAGUCCGGAAGGCUUGGCGAACGAAGUCCCAUUUGCCAAGGCCUUUGACGGUGCGCAGGGAAUGAUUGACAAUCGAUUCUUCGAUCCACUGCAAGGCGCCCUCGAGUAUCUUCCUUGGAACAGGCGUGGGAGGCAGAUGAGAAAGGCCAUCAAGGUGAGUGGCGAUCGGUGCGUUGCAGCCCUCAUGGGGUGCAGUCGUAGCUUAUCGCCACCUGCCCAAUCUACGCUGCACACUAGGUCCUGGACUCGUUCUGCUACCGCGUUAUUGACAAGCGAGUCGAAGCCCACAAGCAAGGCGACGUCAAAGCUGCAGAAGGAAAGAGCGGCAAGGAUCUUUUGGAGCUCUUCAUGGACAUGGGGCUCAAUCGAGAAGAGCUUCUGCCGGUCGUUCUCAAUUUCUUGAUCGCCGGGCGAGACACUACCGCUCAAACCUUGGCUUGGCAGUUCUACCAGCUUCACGACAAGCCUCAAGUGGUGGCCAAGAUUCGAGAAGAGGUGGAGAGCGUGCUAGAUGGGGGCAGGAAGAUGGCAUAUGACGACAUCAAAGCUAUGCCAUACACGCACGCCGUCUUCUACGAAACGUCCAGGCUGCACCCUGCAGUGCCCAAGAAUGCCAAGACGCUCAAUAAGGACGAUCUAAUCAGGCCGUACGCCCAAUCCGGCGCUCAAGAGCUGCUGGCCGACAUGCCAGAGCUGAAGCACAAGUUGCCGGACAUUCCCAUGAAAAAGGGAGAGUCGGUCAUUUGGAGCGAUUACGUCAUGGCUCGCAUGCCAGAAGUAUGGGGAGCAGAUGCUGCGGAAUUCAAACCGGAACGCUUUUUGGACAUCAAAGAGGAUGGCAGUCGAUCGGUGAAACAACCUUCGCCUUUCAUCUUUCACUCUUUCAAUGCGGGACCACGACUGUGCCUGGGACAGACGCUGGCCACCUUUGAAGGCAUGGCCGUCACUGCGGCCAUCUUGAGAGACUUUGACGUCAUCUAUGAUGUUCAGGCGCUCAAAAAUCAGCCCCCGCUCUACGCAGAGAGCUUGACCCACCCAAUCCAGCCGGAUCCCGUCACCCAGUCCGCUUACCGAGUCACCUUCAAGCGUCGCUCGUUGUAG